AUGAUUGGCGGCUCCGCCUCAUGUACGAGACCACUCCAUCAAGCGUUGAUCCCGUUGGCGGUUAGUGUCCCACCGGCGGCUUUGUUCAUAAGUGGAAAGACUGGUGGACGAUCUGAGAUGGAAGAAGAGCUCGACACCCAACCAGCCCUGGAACGAACACGUCCACCAUCCAUUGAGACUUUGUUUGAAAUCACCAACUUCUCCAGACGCGAAAUUCAACAACUCUAUCGGUCAUUCAAAGAGCUUUGGCCCAACGGAACAGUGGCGCUAGAACAAUUCCACGCUUUGUAUGCAACAGUCUUCCCAGAGGGUGACUCCAAGGCCUACGCCGAACUCGUCUUUCGGAACAUAGACCAAGCUCGAAACGGAUCUGUCACUUUCUUGGAUUUCAUUACGAACUACUCAAAAAUUUCAAAAGGUUCGCUUGAUGAGCGUCUGGAUUGGAUCUACACUCUAUAUGACACAAAUCGCAUAGGAUCUAUUGGCUACAAUGAGAUAUUUAAUGUUGUGAAAUCGAUGUAUCAGAUGGUUGACGCGUCUUUGAAACCAGCUGUGCUUGCCACCAUAUGCCGACAACAUACGAAAGUUGUGUUCAAGAAUCUCAACAUCUCCAUCGGCGGAAAAAUCAAUAGGGAAGAGUUCAUGCAGCGUUGCCGUUCGGACCCUGAAAUUGUGCAAUCGUUGGAGCUCUUCGGUUCAUUUUCCACCAGUCUACUGCGUAUCUAG